AUGAUUGCCAGGGUAAACAGCACCGAGAUCACACAAUUCAUCCUUUUGGGAUUCACAGAUUUAUUCAGAAUAAUAAUACUGCUCUUUGUCACAUUUCUGCUCAUCUACAUUACAACUCUGACCUGGAAUCUGUCCCUCAUUGUGUUAAUAAGAAUGGAUUCACACCUCCACACUCCCAUGUAUUUCUUCCUGUGUAACCUGUCCAUCGUAGAUCUUUGCUAUGUUACCAGCACUGUGCCAAAAAUACUCCCAAACUUUUUCCAGGAAAUGCAAACUAUCAGCUUUGUGGGCUGCAUUGUUCAGAAUUCCAUCUUUUCCACCAUGGGGCUGAGUGAGUCUUGUCUCAUGACAGCCAUGGCCUAUGACAGGUAUGCUGCCAUGUGUAACCCUCUUCUGUAUGAAUCAAUCAUGUCACCCACUCUUUGUAUACUGAUGGUGCUGGCAUCCUAUCUCUCUGGGCUCACUGCUUCUUUACUUCAGUUGUUUGCUUUGCUUCAUCUCUACUUCUGUGGAACUAAUGUCAUCAAGCACUUCUCCUGUGACAUGCCACAGUUGUUAGUUCUAUCCUGCACAGAUUCUUUCUUUGUACAAGUCCUGACUGCCAUAUUAACAAUGAUCUUUAGAUUUGUGAAUGUGUUAGUUAUCGUAUCUUAUGGCUAUAUUGUCUUGUCAGUCCUGAAGAUCACUUCAGCUAAGGGCAGAUCCAAGAUAUUCACCACCUGUACUUCUCACCUGACAGCUGUUUCCCUAUUCUUCACCUCCAGUAUCUUUGUCUAUUUGAGUUCAAGUUCUGGUGGCUCCUCCAGUUCUGACAGAUUUGCAUCUGUUUUCUACACUGUGGCAAUUCCCAUGUUGAACCCUUCGAUAUACAGUCUGAGGAACAGAGAAAUCAAAGAUGCUAUGAAGAGGUUGCAGAAAAAGACAAUCUGCAGCUAA